GGAAAGACAUGAUGAGUUCACUUCCGCCGCUUAGUACAUGUUUUAACUUGCCUAGAAAAGUCUUGUUUGUGUUGCAAUUACGACAUUCAUCACAUCUUUAGAGAUGUUUGUUUUUUUGACGGAAAAGUAAAUUCUGUACAGUCAUUUUGUAAAAGACUUUUCAUGGACCUCAUUUGCUUUACGAGAUGAAAAUAUCGUUUUUGUGUAUUUUCCAAGACUUCAGUUUGCAAGGUGUAGGCCUUGGCUUUGAAGUUAAAGAGUUGGGUUUCGCUUUCACUACUAAUGUACGAAUAAUUGGGGCAGGUUUUGCAGAAUCGUUUUAACAAUGCGACAAAGUUUGGUGGCUGGACAUAUAACUACUGGGUCUGCAGCAGAAACUCCAAAACAACCAGAUAAAGUUCGGUUGGUAGAGGACGAGUUGCCGACUCCCGGUAUUAAUUCCGGAUCAUUUGCAGAUGGACUUGACGAGGUUAUAGCUGUCAUGGCUGAACAAAGCACUUCAACAAGCCGGCACUCUGAAGAGGUUGCAGCAUGUAGGGAUUGUAGUGCAAGUAAUCUGUUUACGCUGGCCGGUGCUCUCUCUGGAGAAGAGGACGAGUCUGCAAUCUGUGGGCUUGAAAUAGACGAUAUAUUUUCUUUUGAGAGUUGGACUGUAGGCUCAGAGCUGCCUGACGUAGGACAUGGGUGCUUUACUGGGUGCAGCUCCCGUGCUUGUAGUCAGCACCUUUUGGGAAGGGAUGGCGGUAAUCAGGAGGAACUGAUAUUGAAUGUUUCAGCGGGAUGUGUGCAUGGAUCCGAAAAACGGAAUAGGAAAUCUUCACGAAGUCAAUUGCUUAGCGAUGAUGUAGGAAGGAGCAACAAAAACGCCAUUGCCGCUCGCUUAAACCGACUCAAGAAAAAGGAGUACAUUACCGGGCUUGAAGGUAAAGUGUCCGUGUUGACGUCGGAGAAUAAAGGACUGAAGGAGGAAAACAGGUUGCUGAAUCAAAGAGUUCAAAAAUUAGAAGGUGAAGUGAAUUAUUUGAAAGCCGUGCUUGCUAAUGAAAGUACCCUUGCUCAGAUUCUGUGUCGAUUAAGUGGUGUGAACGGGAUGAAGAUUACUACCUCUCUUUUCAAAGAAUGUAGCGAAACUGACCACGAUUACGCACUGCCCAGGAAAAGAGCUAAAACUCGAGAGGAAAGUUCGGCUGGGGUAUGUCUUCAUGUGGACAAAGAUCAGGUGUCCGUGGAAUUCUGCUCGAAAUGCGCACAGAGUGCGUCAUCACUUAAAAUUUUUUUCCAGGUGAUUUUCCUGCCAUGCUGCGUUGUAGGGUUGACAGAACACACCUAUUCUCCACACAUCAUGGUAAGGAUCAAACAGUAUAAUUGGAGAUGUAUGCUGAUAGGUUAGGGAUUCUGGUUUGCAUUAGUGUAAAACAGACAUUGUUUUGAAUCAGUUUUGGUUUGUUUUGAUAAAUUUGUCUCCUCCAUAUUCUGUUAGAGGGGCACAGAGGUGAGAAUUGUACGUUCAGUCUUUAUCUGUGUUAUCUUAUAAAUAUGAUUUGCUAGGUGACCAAACCAGGAACAUUGCAUUUUCUGAUUGUUGAAUAAAUAAUAAAAGAAGAAUAUUGCUUAGAUUUCAUUUUUUGUGCUUUAGUCCCUUUUUUUCAUGCUGCAUGGCAUUUUUAAGAUGGGGUUUUGGAGAUUUUGGGUUCAGGGGCCUGGAUUAUUAAUUUAAGCCAGCAAGUCCGGGAUUCCAUGGAACAGGUAUUGGGCUGCAGAAGUACUUUGUGUUGGGGGGUGUCUCUUGUUAAUACGGCAACUU